UCACUUAAAUGGGUGAAGUUAGUAAUUAUCUCUCUCCUCAAACUCCAAAUCUAGCAAAUCGCAUAGUCGCACGUCCUCUUCAUCUCCUUCCUCCUCCUCCCCGCAUCCUCCACCUCUUAAAAGAGUUAAACCCCUAACAACAAAACCAGCAUCUUCAACUUGUACUUGUAGUAUUAACUGUAGUUGUAUCUCUAGUCGGCGGUGCCUGUGCUAACCGCCUCUCCUUCUCUGCUGCUGCUAUUCUCUGGCGGGCGCCCCUCCUGCCCUGCCUCCAGGGAGGGGCCUGAUGUUUAGAAGCAACAAUCUUGUUGCUAGAUUGUUUGAACGCCAGACUCAUCGUUCUACUCCUGGCACCAAUAUUCAUCGCGCUAGGCAAUUUUAUGAGAAUCUCGUGCCAAGUUAUACCAUUUAUGACGUGGAAUGCCCGGAUCAUUCUUUCCGCAAAUUCACUGAAGAUGGUCAGUACCUGAUAAGCUUCAGUAGGAACUACCAAGAGCUUAUUGUUUAUAGACCAUCAUGGUUGUCAUUUUCAUGUUGCGGUGAAGAGUGUGAUGUUCAUGACCUCCCACCGAGAGCGAACAAGUUCAGUAGCUUCUUCACACAGUUAUACUGUGUAUCACUUGCAUCAAGCAAUGAGCUUAUUUGCAAAGACUUUUUUCUAUAUAUGGAGAGUAAUCGAUUUGGACUCUUCGCAACUUCUACUGCACAAGUUCACGAUGCUCCGGCCACCGGAGGUGCUGUACAAGGUGUUCCAUCUAUAGAAAAGAUAACCUUUCACCUACUGAGAUUGGAAGAUGGCAUUAUAUUGGACAAGAAGGUCUUUCACAAUGAUUUUAUUAACUUGGCACAUAAUAUGGGUGUGUAUCUAUAUGAAGAUCUGGUCGCUGUUGUGUCUCUCCGCUAUCAGACUAUACAUAUUAUCCAAGUAAGGGAAUCUGGAAACCUUGUUGAUGUGCAUGCGAUUGGAGAAUUUUGUCGAGAUGAUGACGAACUCUUCCUGCAUUCAAGUGCUCAGUGUGGAACAAUAAAUGAGAAUAGUAGACAGAAGCAAGCCCUUCUGAACAGCAAUGAAGGUGUUCCCAACAGUGGUCAUUCUACGACACCAAACGUUUUCCUCAGUGGCAUCAAACAGAGGUUACUUUCGUUCAUAUUUCAAGGGAUAUGGAAUGAAGAAGCGGAUGAAACAAAUAGGGUCCAACGGUUGAAGAAGAAGUUCUAUUUUCAUUUUCAAGAUUAUGUUGACUUGAUAAUAUGGAAGGUUCAAUUCUUGGACAGACAUCACUUGUUGAUCAAAUUUGGCAGUGUGGAUGGAGGGGUCUCCCGAAAUGCGGACCACCAUCCUGCCUUCUUUGCUAUAUAUAAUAUGGAGGCUGCGGAAUUUGUAGCAUUUUACCAGAAUUCGGCAGAUGAGCUUUAUUUUUUGCUCGAGAAAUUUGCUGACCAUUUUUACACGCCUCCGAACAAUUCAUUGCAUACGAAUUUCAUAUCAUCUCAUUCAAAUAACCUCAAUGCCUGUGAGCAAUUAACCUGCUUGAAAAAUAAGUCCGUCAGUUUUUCUCAGUUUGUGAAGAAAACAUUGGUGUCUUUACCUUUCACUUGUCAGUCGCAGAGUCCGUCUCCGUAUUUUGAUCAGUCCCUUUUUCGGUUUGAUGAGAAGCUGAUUUCGGCAACUGAUCGACAUAGACAAUCCACAGACCAUCCCAUUAAAUUUAUCUCAAGGAGGCAACCCAAGAUUCCAAAAUUCAAGAUUAAACCAGGUCCAGAAGCUGGGAAUACAGAUGCUCGGGCAAAGAAGGUAUCCUCGUUCCUGUUCCAUCCAAUUCUACCUCUUGUCAUAUCCAUUCAGCAAACUAUGUUCUUACAGUUCUCAGUUGUGAAUAUUCACUUCCGGAAAUGAUCAGUAGUUCUUUCUUGUUACCUGCAUCUCCAAUUAUUCUUAUAUCGACUGGGGAUGAUUUACCGGUUAGUAUUUUUGGCGGGAAAACUGUUAUCCAUUUGUAUUAAUCAUUGUAUCUGUGGGCUUCCUCAAUUUUCCUGCUAUUUUUGCUGAAUAAGAGUUGAUAGGACCAUCCAUCUUGUACAUGUUUUGACAAAACUAGUUGACUGAUGAUUCUAAUAUUUUAAAGUAUAAAGUAUUAUUAAUAAUCUAAAUGUACUGCAAAUUACCAAGAAUGUAUUAAUUUUAUUGCUUUGUUUUAUGAA